AUGCUGGUCGGGGCCCUGGAUACUGUGUUGGAUUCUAAUGCACGUGUCACUCCAUUCCGGAUCGUUCUACAGGCGCCCGGCUCACAAGUCAGCUGGGUUAUUGCCAGUGGGGCCUCUCUUGAGGAAGUUAAAACACACUGGUGUUGGUUGGAGGUCAAUCUGCUGGACUCUCUCUCUGUGUUUGAGAACAAGGAGGACAUCACCAGCUUCGUCAACGGCAAGAUCAAGGGCCUGAUAGCUGAUGAAUCUGGCGGACAGCAGGACCCUGAGGGCUACCGUGAGGCGGUGGUGCGUCUGGAGCAGCGCUUCGGUCUCCCCCCGAGAGAGAAGCUCAUCGCUCGGCUCACGUGCUGCCUCUGGAAGACUCACGUCCCCCGCCAGGGCUGGAUGUACCUCACACACAACCACAUGGCCUUCUACUCAUACCUGCUGGGCAAGGAAGUGAAGCUGUUGUUGCCGUGGGCGGAGGUGACGGGGGUGGAGCGCGUGUGUGUCGGCCGGGUAACGGAUGUGUUGCGCGUGCGCACCAGAACACGCCAGCGAGACUUCUCCAUGUUUCUGAGCAUGGACGACGCCAUGGCAACCAUCACUCAACUCACUGACCUCGCCCUGCGCAGGGUCUUACCCACCGCAGGACUGAGGACGCCACACACACUCAUACACACAGCACUCACAAAGAGGGCACUGGAGGACCACGCCCUCACUCAGGAUGUGUUGUCCCUGUUUGGCCUGCCGCGGACUGAGAGUGUGUGUGAGGUGCGAGUGUGUGCCCUGUGGACCCCACACCUCCGCUCUCACACACACGGAACUCUCUACGCCACAGACAGCUACCUCUGCUUCAGCAGCCGAGAGCCAGGAGUGUGUUCUCUCAUCAUCCCUCUGUCUGAGGUGUUGUCGGUGGAGAAGGCGGAGACGUCGAGUGUGUUGCCAGACCCGGUGAUUGUGAGCGUCCGCGGUCGGCGUGCGUUUCAGAUGGUGGGUGUGUGUGACCGCGACACACUCCUGGAGGCCGUGACCGACAGACUGCGCAUGCUACGCUGGAAGCACGCCAUUUAUAAAGGACAACACUCGCAACACACACCACUGAUCUCCCCGACCCCCUACUACACGUUUUGUUAUGACACGGAUGGAGAGGCAGACAAAUCCCAGAGACACGUCAUCAGUACCCGCCCCCUCAUCUCUCUCAACCAAUCACGUAUGCCAAAGCACAAGACCGCUGCUGAGCGUCGUAAGGAGGCCUUGUGGGAGGAGCGCUUUGAGGAGUUUGGACGCGGCACACACAUGUUCCGCACCGCCUGCCUACACAAGCUGGUUGCCAUGGGGAUCCCCGAGUCGCUACGGGGAGACUUGUGGCUCACGCUCUCAGACGCGAGCUCGGAGCUGGCGGCCCACCCCGGCUACUACGCGCAGCUGGUGGAGCGCUCGCUGGGCGAGGUCACCGUGGCAACGGACGAGAUCGAGCGCGACCUGCAUCGCUCCCUUCCGGAACACCCCGCCUUCCAGAGCCCGUUUGGCAUCGACGCGCUCCGGAGAGUUCUGAGAGCCUACGCACACCACAACACACACAUCGGAUACUGCCAGUCUAUGAACAUCCUGGCCUCUGUGCUGCUGCUCUACGCCAAAGAGGAGGAGGCCUUCUGGCUCCUGGCCACCGUGUGUGAGAGGAUGCUGCCCGACUACUUCAACCGCCAAGUCAUAGGUGUGUGUGUGUGUGUGUGUGUGUGUGUGUGUAAUGGGUCUAUCAAGGGACUGGCCGAUCUGUGGAUUUAG